GUUUAGAGUCUGUUUAGGAUCAUGAGGACCCGGCUGAGCAUACGCAUACUGGCCCUUGGCCUGCUGCUCUGGCAACUGCAGGCCACCGCAGUGCGGGCCCAGAAGUACUACAUGAACUUUGCGUUCAACAACAACAAUCCGAACGGCGGGCUCGGUGACGAGACGAGCGAAGAUCAAACGGAUGACCCGUCGGAUGGCGUCAGUGGUGAUCACGACGGCUCUGGCGCUGAUCAUAACGGCGGUAGUGACAGUGGGGACAACGAUCACAAUAGUAGCAGCGGUGCUGGUGGUGGAUCUGGUAGUGGAUCUGAUGAUGGGUCUAGCGGUGGAUCUGGCAGUGGAUCUGACAGUGGAUCUGGCGGUGGAUCCAGUGCGAGUGGCGGCGGUAGGCCUGGUUCUGACAGCGGAACUAAAGCUGACGUUACAGCGGAACCAUUUUUCAUGGAUAAUGAUGACGAUGACAGCGAUAGCCAUGACAUGGUGGAUCGUCGCACCAAAAUGAAGGAGGCGGAAGCUAAUGGCAACAGACCGGAAAACGAUCACAGCCAUCACAGCAGCUACGAGAUCAGUAUCGACGAUAGCUUCGGCGGGCGAUAUGUCCGCUCCAUAUACGAGAGCUCCGAGAGUCAUGGCCAUUCCGGCAGCAAUCCGGACUCGGGACCACGUCAAACUAAGCAAGGUGAAAGCUCUGACGCGUCAGAAUAUUCGGGAAAGUUGUAUAAUGAAGACGACUAUGAGGAAGACAACACGGAUGAGAGCUAACUUGUCUAGGAUCCUCUAACGGGAAUCCACAGCCCAAUGACUUUACAAUUAAUGAAUUUUUGCCCAAUAAAAAUUGUCUUAAUUAAUAAAGGAUAUGUGUUAAAAU